AUGUUCCAGGCGGGUUCGGACACCAUCAACAACGUCCUCAAGUGGGUUGUCCACUUGCUGGCCCGCUACCCUGACGUGGCGAAGAGAAUGCAGGACCAAAUCGACUCGGUGGUGCCCAGGGACGCUAUGGUAUCACUCAAUGACAAGCCAAGCUACUUUGCUGUCGCUGUUCUCAGUCUGCCGCUGGUCGAGGCGUUCGUCAUGGAAACGCUGCGCUACUCAUCCCUGCUACCCAUCAACGUCCAGAGGGCAGCUACCCGUGACACUACCAUCGGGGGGUACUUCAUCCCCAAGGGUGGGAACUUCAUCCCCAAGGUGGGAACUUUAUCCCCAAGGUGGGUACUUCAUCCCCAAGGUGGGUACUUCAUCCCCAAUGUAGGAACUUCAUCCCCAAGGUGGGUAUUUCAUCCCCAAGGUGGUUACUUCAUCCCCAAGGCGGGUACUUCAUCCCCAAGACAGUGCGCCGGGGAGGUGCUGGCCCGCAUGGAACUUUUCCUCUUCACGGCCGCGAUAGCGCAGAACUUCGACGUGAUGCCGGCCCCCACCGCCGACCUGCGCCGCGUCAAGGUGGCCACCCUGGGGGGCCUGCGCGCCCCCGAAGACCACGAGCUUAUAUACCGGCCACGAAUAUACACUCAGAAAAAUUAG